UGUCAAAACACCAGUUGUUGAAACAUGGCUUCCGAUGGAAUGUCGAACGUUGGUAACGAAGAAGAACCUAACGAUAAUGAUAAGUACAAUCCAAAACUAGACUUUUUUAGUGAAGAAUUUGAUCCCUUACUAGCUCUCAAAACACCGAACUUAGUUGUACCCGUUUCGAAUGCGACCACUCAUGACAACCUUCAGAAGUUUAAAUCGGUGGUGGAGGGUAAAAGACAAGAAAACACGAGUAAAGUAGCAGAAAUUUCCACAGAAGUUUCCAUAGAAAGGCGAUGGUUGCCUCAUCAAUUACCCAUACAAGUGAAAAGAAAAACAAUUUCCAAAAAUGUACUUUCGAAAAUGGAAACUGUAGUAGGUCCAUUACAGCUCCUCAAGACUUGUAAGGACAAUCAACAUAGAAUCAAGGUGUGGACUAGACAUAGUCAUGGCAUUCGAGGGUUUUGCAUAGGAUAUAUAGCAGCUUUUGAUAAACAUUGGAAUCUGGCUUUAGAAGAUGUAGAAGAAGUUUGGACCCGACCAAAACGACGGAAAGUACCGGCAUUGAAUAGUGCGAAGGCAGAUUUAAAAAUUCAACCGAAGGUCUUACCACCACCAGUUACUAUAGUAAAGUCAACAAAAAAGACGGAGACUUGCUCAAGGCAUGUCAGUCAGCUUUUGCUACGAGGUGAACAUAUAGCAUAUAUAGUCGUAAUUCCAGAUGAAACAAAGAGCUGAACUGAUGAAAUUUAUUUUAUAAUAAUUAUUUCUUAAUAAAACUGUAGCAUUGCUAAGUA